UCCACGAAUCCUGGGACGGUAAUUACGUUUCCACCACGAGCAGAGCGCGAACACACCACCGCUUCCAGCGGCAGACCAAGCGAGCCAAUUAUGUGUGUUUUGUUUUCUGUUAGCUAAAAUGAGGCGUUUAAUACAGAGAUAGGAAUUUCCCCAUCGGAACAGCCCCCCGUGCGUCGUAUUGCUUCACGGGAGAGCCCUUCCCUUCCCUUAAAACCUGGCGUUCGCUUGAGCUGAAAGCCCGCCGCGGAGCGGCAGUCGCACAGGCCGCGAUUCGGGUCCCGUUGCUGGGAGGAGACCACGCCAGGCUCGCCUCCCUCGCUAGCAUUAUUAGCUGGCUAUGAUGCGUCGCUGCUGCUGGUGUAUUUUCUACCCAGCGGGCCACUGCGGAGCCGUAAAGACCCUCGGAUAAGGAACCAAACGGCGCCUUGGGAGACACCGCACCUUUUCAAGGAUGGAGGUUGACUUGUGUGCCGGUGGGGCCAGUACCAGGAGAAAAGUGGAUUUGGCUGCGGCUGCAGAAGGCCCGAUGGACGUCGUACCGCUGGAGAUGUACGACUCUGCCCGAGCAAAGAUAGCUGCCAACCUGCGGUGGCUGUUUGCCAAAGCCUAUGGCAUCGACCAUAUUCCAGAGGACUUAAGGGACCCCUUCUACACAGACCAGUACGACCAAGAACACAUAAAGCCGCCUGUCAUCCACCUGCUGCUGUCCUGCGAGCUCUACUGCCGGGUCUGUUCCCUCAUCCUCAAGACGGAGCAGGCGGCGUCUCUUGAGUCCCACCUCUCGGUCAUCCAGUCGCUCUCCAGGAAGGGCAUAUAUGUUGUGGAAAGUGACGACACACCGGUCACAGACGAAGACCUGGCCUGUGCGCCCAUCAAAAUGAGCGCUCACAUGCCGAUGAUCGAUGCCCUCAUGAUGGCUUACACCGUGGAGAUGAUCAGCAUCGAGAAAGUGGUGGCUUCUGUCAAGCGCUUCUCCACCUUCAGUGCCUCCAAGGAGCUGCCCUUUGACCUGGAGGACGCUAUGGUUUUCUGGAUCAACAAGGUGAACACGAAGAUGAGGGAGAUAACAGAAAGGGAGCACAAAGUCAAGCACCACCCCCUGGAAUCUCCCAGCCACCAAAAGUCUCCCUCCAAAUGGUAUUGGAAGCUAGUCCCUGUACGGUAUCGCCGGGAGCACGCUUCGGGCCGUCAGCUGCCCUUCUUCCCCCUGCUGGAAAACCUGAUGAGAGAUGUUUGUGACGGAGCCGCACUGCUCACCGUGGUCAACUACUAUUGCCCAGACCUCAUGAAGCUAGAGGAUAUUUGCCUGAAGGAAGUCCCCUCCAUUGCGGAUAGCUUGUACAACAUUCAUCUACUCAAAGAGUUUGCCAACGUGUAUCUGAAUAAAAGUUUCUAUCUGACCAUAGAGGACAUGCUCUACUCGCCGCUUGUGCUCAAGCACAACGUGAUGGUGUUCAUCGCUGAGCUCUUCUGGUGGUUUGAGACGGUCAAGCCAGAGUUUGUCCAGCCCAGAGAUGUCCAAGAGUUCAAAGAUGCUCGAGCCGUUGCUCAGCCCAAGAGUGCCCGCCCAUCAGUGCCUAUCUCCAACGCCACCAAGCGCAGCUUCCUGGCCAGCCCCGGUUCGGCCGAUAACCCGAGCAGCCCCGAUGUCGGCAACAGGUACUUCCUGCACCCUGAAGACUCUGACCCCCUUAAAGGCGGCCCAACCUUCAGUCCAUCCCACCCGCUCCUGCCCCUCCGACAGAGGCAACAAAAGCAGCAUGGAGAAGAUGGUGCAGGUCUCAGAAACCGCUCCAACUCCCUGACUCAAAUGGACGGCCAGCCACGAGCGUCUGUUGUCGCGUGGCCCGACAAGAGGCAGAGACCGGUGUCCACGCUGAACCCCUACAUGUUCCAUUCGGCCACAGACAGCGACGCAGACGUGGCCUCUGGGGACAGUGUGAGUCUCGCUCGCUCCAUAAGCAAGGACAGCCUGGCGUCCAACGUCGUCACGCCCAAACACCAGACGUCUGCGCAGACCGCCGUGCGCCGACUCAACGGCCACGGCCUCCUGGCGAACGUCCACAUCGAGGAUGGGGAAGAGACUUUAGCUGCGGUUGCGAGGCCCGAUUCUCCCGGCGGCCCCAAACGGGUCGACGGGACGCGAGCAACUGCCGCGGCGGGGCCCAAACCAGCCACGGAGUCCACGCCUGCACCCGAUGGCUUUUACCUAGAACCACUGAUGCCUUCUGUGAUCAAAACGGCGAAGGAGAAGUCUGUAUGUCCAAACAAGCAGGAGGAGAGUGGCGAGGGGCCCCACGUUUCGGGAAGGGGCUCCCUACGCCGAGGAGACGGAUCUACGGCCGCCGUUCGUAGGAAAGCCCCCUGCGGCUUGAGCCAAACCUUCCCCCCUCCGGGUGAGCUGUCUGACUCGUCGGGGGAGCCUCAACGCGGUCAGGGGGAUUUCUGCCCCCUUGUUACCAGUGUGGAGCCCUCGUCCAGAGAACCGCCUGAGGGCUUCUACCUCCGCUCGGAUUCUGAAGAACCAAAGCCCGCCCUGGACACUGAGCUGGAAGACCUGGAUGAGGAGGAGGAGGAGGAGGAGGAUCUGGAUGAAGCUCUUACCACUAAAGACCCCAACUGGUCCAGGAAAGCUCCUAAUGAUGAAGAAGAAUCAGCCAAACUCCAAGAGGACAUGAACGUGAAAGAGCACGAGGACAAAGACAUGAACGGUGGCAGCGGUCGCUCCAGCCCUUGUCUCAGCGGUCACUCCCAGGCCAGCGGCAGCGUGCGCAUGACCUCCUUUGCCGAGCGCAAGGCCCAGCAGCAGCGCUUCGGCAGCAACCAUGACCUGCGCUCCAGUGCCUCCAGCUCCCAACGGACUACUCCGGAUGGAUCAGAAAGCAGCGGGCCCCUGGCUUCCUCCUGGAGGCUCAAACGGGACCAGAGCCCCUCGUCCCCCUCGGGAGGAUGCAUCCGCGAUGGCGGCGGUUCCAAUGUACUGGCUUCUGAAAUUGUCCAGCUCCGCAUGCAGCUAGAGGAGAAACGACGCGCCAUCGAGCACCAGAAGAAGAAAAUGGAAGUGCUGUCGGCGCGGCAGCGGCAGAAGCUGGGGAAGGCGGCGUUCCUGCACAUCGUCAAGAAGGGUGGCGCUGGCAAAAGCGACACGUUACCCAACCCGCUCAGAGCCGACGUCUCCAGGGUGGAGCUCAGUGCGGAGAGGCCGCCCUCAAGUAAAGACGACACGUGCGUCGGCGCCCUGAGGGGGGAUAAAGCGGCGACGGUAGCCACCUCGCCAGGUGCCCCGGACACAGAAAAGAAGGAGCCCAGCAGCAGCUUCUAUGUGGAAGAGGAGUUGGACCUAAACGAGUGCAGCCGCUCCAUCGAUCUGUUGAACGACGCCAUCGGCAGCAUCCAGCAGCAGAUGAUGCAGCUGUCCAUGCAGCAGGACAUGCUGAUGAAACAGAACGCGCCGCCCCCGUCCGCCGCGCCGCCGGCUGCGCCCGUCACGGCCGACAAAAACGCCGACUCGAAGGGAAAGGCCGGCUUUCACUUCGUGGAGCACAUCUCCGGCGGCGGGAGCGUCACUCCCACCAGGAAACCCCCCAAGCUGAGCUCGGGCCGGGGACCCCGAUCCAAACCGUCGGAGCUCAAGAUAUCCAAGGAGCCGGGCCGCCAGACCACCCGGGCCCUCACCCCGACCAAGAGCGGGGCGGAGACGUCGUCCCACCCGAAGCCGUCGGCUGGGGGCAGGUCCCCCAGGGCCGAGCAGCCCGACAGCCCCAGGAACCCCCCCUCGGGAGACGCCAUCGACCGGCCGGGCGCCGGCCACGCUCGCAGCGUCAACUUCCGCCUUCACGACGAGGCCAACCUUCGCCUGCCGACCCGCGUGGACCCGGCGGCGGCGGCGGCGGCUUCCCCGGACUUGUUGUUUGACGAGUGCCUGUCCGGCUCCCCGAGGGGGUCCGACCUCAACUCCUCAGACGGCUCGGGGAAGGAGAACGUCCCCUCGGACGAGCUGCAGCGCAGCAGAGCCACGCUGAUCGAGGUCGACCUGUCCGUGCUCAAAGCCCCCGAGGACGGGGAAGAUGGCGAGGACUCGCCAGAAGGUGACGGAGAGCAGAAGUCAGUCAUGGGCUUCUUCUUCAAGGAUGAACAGAAGGCGGAGGAUGAGCUUGCUAAGAAGAGAGCGGCGUUCUUGCUGAAGCAGCAGAAGAAAGCAGAGGAGGCUCGACUCAGAAAGCAACAACUGGAAUCGGAAUCGGAGCUGAAACGGGACGAAGUCCGACGGAAGGCCGAGGAGGACCGCCUGCGUAAAGAAGAUGAGAAGACGCGGCGGGAGCUGAUAAAGCAGGACUAUCUGCGGAGGAAGCAGCAGGAGAUGUUCGAGGAACAAGGCCUUGUGAAGCCCAAAACCCCCAAACUCAAGCAGAAGCACCGGCCCAAGUCGGUCUUCAGAGAGGAGUCUCUGGGCGACAAUUUCUCCAAAAGCUCUUCUUCCACACCCGACAACCUGAGCAACGCCCAAUCGGGCUCCAACCUGUCGCUGGCCUCCGCGGCGACCAACGAGGCCGACAGCGUCCACUCCGGAGGGGCCGGCUCUCAGCGCUGCGACUCGGUGGAGUCGUUCCCCGGCAGUCGUAACAACAGUCGAACCGCAGAAAGGGACUGGGACAACGGCUCCACCGCGUCCUCCAUCACCUCCAUGGCCGAAUAUACCGGUCCCAAACUUUUUAAAGAGCCCAGCGCCAAGUCGAACAAGCCGAUCAUCCACAAUGCGAUCUCCCACUGCUGCUUGGCGGGCAAAGUCAACGAGCCUCAGAAGAACCAGAUCCUAGAGGAGUUGGAUAAGUGCGAGUCCAACCACCUGAUGAUCCUGUUUCGCGACGGCGGCUGCCAGUUCCGGGCGCUCUACUCGUACUUCCCCGACACAGAGGAGAUCCACAAGCUGACGGGCACGGGACCCAGGAGCAUCAGCAAGAAGAUGAUCGACAAGCUGUACAAGUACAGCUCCGACCGGAAGCAGUUCACCGCCAUCCCCGCCAAAACCGUGUCGGUCAGCGUGGACGCCGUGACCAUCCACAACCACCUGUGGCAGGCCAAGAGAGGUGGUGUGCCAAAGAAAAGCGCAAAAUAGCCGACCGUCGGAUUUCAAACCCUCCUUUUCGUCCAAAUCCUCUUUUUUUCCCCCCAAUCUCGCUUACUUCCUGAUCAGACCCGGGACCGAGGCGGAAAUUAGGAAUUAGGGAAACGUGUGUGUGCGUGUGUGUGGGUUUGUGGGUCAGGUGGUCGGGGGGACUGGUGCCGGCUGGAUUUGCCUCUUCUCCCAGUGAUUUUCCCAGUCAGUUUUUAUACGACGACGACCACCAACAACCCCAGCAUGUCGCUACAUCUCCCCCCCCCCCCCCCCCUGCUCUUCUUUCAUACGCGGUGGGUGUACAUUUUUAUUUUUUUCGCAUAAAGUAUUUAUUAGUUCAGCACUGUCUUGGUCAAGAGCUCCGCUGCAGCACUAACGUCCUUCUAGUCUCCGUGGAGACGCCUCUCCUUUUGGACGCAUUGGUACCAAAGGAGGAGACAUUGGGGUAAUUCUGUCUCGACCCUUUAGGACUGCCAGUCGGCUCUGCUGUCCCAACAACAACAACAACAACAACAACAAGGACGAUCUCUUCCUGCGUGGACAGUGGAAUCUGUCGAAUCAGGCUGGCAUUGCCGAAUUUGCCUCACUGGGGAUCUCCCAAAAAAAUGAAACCUGACGACAACGUGUCAGCGGGGAGCUCCUCAGGUCUCCUCCAGACAUCCGUUGGCCUUUCACGCAUCGUGGUACUGUCGUCUGUUCCUUCAACCGCUGUUUAAAACUAGAUGCAGGUUGUUUAGCGGUGUGUGUGUGUGUAACAACUAGAGAGAGGUCACUACGGUCAUUUUAAAUACUUUUCAUUUGUCCAAACAUCCUUUUCUGCAAAAGAAGGGCAAAGGAUAGAUUUUGGUUCAGAAAUGACGCUGUUCUUUCUGCCUUUUAAAAAAAAUUGCUCUUAUAAUUGAAGCGAUGUGGUGAAGAGUCUGAGCUGAUAUGUGUUUUCAUCACAACGGAUGUUCUCUGAUGUUUAGAGCUUAGUUGUGUUUUCUCGCUCCUCCACUCUUGAGUCGUGCCGCAUAAAGGUGCACGCUCAUGAACACUUGUCGACGGCUUCCUCCAUGCAAUGUAACCCCCCCCCCCCCACACACACACACACACACACACACACACACACACACGCACACUUGUGAUGGGUGAGCUGGUGUCUCUCUGUAACCGCUUUGAUUGACGGGGUGUGGUAUGCGUGGGCGGGACAGGGGACUGUGGUUCAGUUAUUACACCAACAUUAAAGAACAUUCCUCUAAGGCGUUGAUGACUACUGCCAUGUUCUCUUCUCUGUCUUUUGAAAAAGAAAAUCUUAAGUGCUUUGUUUAGAAACCGUUUGUUGGCCUGGAGAAGAACCAGAAGUGUUGCACGAGCACUUUACUUUCUGUUUGUAGGGGAUUUGACCCUUUUAAAUGGGCAUAAGAACUAAUCGAUAACACUGCUGUUGGACGCUCGUAAUAUUGUUUAAUGUCAAACACUAAGACUUAGUGCUGACGUUUAAAGGGUCUCUGUUGACAUACUACUGUCCCCAAAAACACCAGAAUACUUGAUUUGUCCUUUUGCUGCAUUUUGAUUUGUUUUUGGGGGGGGGACAAAGUGGCAGAUCCUUAAUUGUAUGAAAGUGUAUUUUUAUGUUCACUUAAAGAUUGUACUGGCAUUUGGUCACCAGUUUUGUUACACUAGAGUACUUUUCAUCCUUGUUGAUUUUAACUUUGACCCCAUGCCAUCUAUUUAUUUUACAAAUGGAAGCACUGAAACAAAAUACAUUUUCAAGUGAAUAAAAGUCACAUUUUUCAUAUUUA